UCAUGGCCGCGGGGGGCAGCGGCUGCACUUCCUCUGCUGGCAGCGGCGGCCGGGGAGUUAGUCCUCGACGCACGGGUCGGUCCCGUUUCCUUCAGUGCGGCGGCCGGCGGGACCAUAAGGGCUUAACUCAUAUAUUUAACCCCCCUCCAAAAAGAUUUGAAAGUAUUCUUGAAGGGCUGUUUGGACCUGCAUUAUUAAAAGAUCUCAGUUUAUUUAAAGAGUGUGAACCCGAAAGCAUUUCUGAUUGGGCUUUUGAUGAGAAUUGUUUGUUCUGUUGCUUGAGAAGAGAUAAAGUAAAGGGAUACUUAGUCGGUCUGGAUGAACCAGCUUCCGGAGCUGGGCAAGAAGCUUUGCUUAAACAAGAGCACGCAAAAGUCACUCGACUCCAGAGACAAACAGAAGAGUUCCUCAAUGCAGUCUUUUAUAGAAAAGACAGUCCCUGGGUCUCCGACCCCAAUAUUCCCCUAGUGGCCCGUGAGAUCAUGCAGCGAAUGAUCCAACAAUUUGCUGCUGAAUAUACCUCAAAAAAUAGCUCUACUCAGGACCCCGGCCAGCCCAAUAGCACAAAGAACCAAAGCCUGCCGAAAGCAUCUCCAGUCACCACCUCUCCCACCGCUGCAACUACUCAGAACCCCGUGCUCAGCAAGCUUCUCAUGGCUGACCAAGACUCACCUCUGGACCUUACUGUCAGAAAGUCUCAGUCAGAACCUAGCGAACAAGACGGUGUACUUGAUUUAUCUACUAAGAAAAGUCCAUGUGCUAGCAGCACUUCCCUGAGCCAUUCUUCAGGCUGCUCCAGUACUCAAGGGAACGGUGAGGAUUCAUCAGAGGCAUCAGCAGUAGAUUCUAACCAUCCAUCGAAGCCCCCGCUGGAGAAGUUUAUGGUCAAACUGUGCACGCAUCAUCAGAAGCAAUUUAUUCGUGUCCUGAGUGACCUAUACACAGAAUCUCAGCCAGGUUCUGAGGACCUGCAGCCUCUGGAUUCCACAGUGAUGGAUGUCUCCACUUGCAGUGCGGGUUGUGCCCAGCUGAGCAGCAGACAAAGUGAAAAGGAUGAUGAGUGUCUUGAUGGGAAGUCUCCUGCUUCUCUAAGUUUGUUCUUAGACUCAUCGGGUUCUCCUAGCUCUCUGAGUGUGACUGAAGAAACUAUGAAGGAACCAUCUCCCGAGACAGACUCUGUAGAUGGAAGAGAGACUGCCUUGACCAUUGUCCAGAAAGAGUCCUCUGAAAUUCCAGAUGCUCGACCUAACUCCAGAGGAUCAGCAGACAGUCCCACAGUGGGAUGUCUCACUGCAUUGGAUUCUUCCUCUUUUAACUCCCUCCACAGUCCCAAAAGCUUAGAGGGCCAAACCACUGGGCAGGAACAAGACACCAGCUUGAAGCCCCGUGAGGAUACUGAAGACCACGCCCCAGCCUCAGUCGAAAGUUUGACUGCAGUGGAAGUGGCAACUGAGAAUACUGAAGAGAGUGGUAGCUGUGUUUCUCAAAGAAACUCAUUCAAAGCUUUAUCAGAAGAGACGUGGGACUCAGGGUUUAUGGGAAACUCAUCUAGUACUGCAGACAAAGAGAAUGCUUUACAGUGUAGCUCAAAAACAUCCUUACACCAGGAUUUAGAGGGAGAUGAACAAGAUGAAAGGCCAAAGCAAGAGAACCAUCUUCAUUCACUGGGUAGAAACAAGAUGGGUUACCAGACAUACCCCAGUGACAUCGGCCAUUUUGAUCAUUCCAAAGGUGAUUGGCUAGCUCCCAACUCCACGCCAGCUGUACACAGAGCAUCCAAUGGUCACUCACGAACCAAGAUGAUAUCAGCCUCCAUCAAGACUGCUCGGAAGAGUAAGAGGGCAUCGGGCUUGAGGAUAAAUGAUUAUGACAACCAGUGUGAUGUUGUUUACAUCAGUCAACCAAUAACAGAAUGCCACUUUGAAAAUCAAAGAUCCAUAUUAUCUUCUCGUAAAACAGCCCGAAAGAGUACCCGGGGAUACUUUUUUAAUGGUGAUUGUUGUGAACUGCCAACUGUUCGCACACUGGCCAGAAAUUUACGUUCUCAAGAAAAGGGAAGCUGCUCACCAGUAGUACCAGAGGCAGUGGUGACUCCCAAGCAGACUCCUACAAUUUCCACCUCAAAGUAUACAGUAGAUGAGCAGCUUCCCACCAUAGAUGAGCAGCUUCCCACCAUAGAUGAGCAGCUUCCCACAGUAGAUGAGCAACUUCCCACAGUAGGUGAGCAGCUUCCCACAGUAGGUGAGCAGCUUCCUACAGUAGAUGAGCAGCUUCCCACAGUAGAUGAGCAACUUCCUACAGUAGAUGAGCAGCUUCCCACAGUAGAUGAGCAGCUUUCCACAGUAGAUGAGCAACUUCCUACAGUAGAUGAGCAGCUUCCCACAGUAGAUGAGCAGCUUUCCACAGUAGAUGAGCAACUUCCUACAGUAGAUGAGCAGCUUCCCACAGUAGAUGAGCAGCUUCCCACAGUAGAUGAGCAGCUUCCCACAGUAGGUGUGCAGCUUCUGGAGGUAGAUACCCCAGAUAAUUCUAGGAAGGAAAGAACCACUGCCCUUGAAGAAGGAGACAAAGACAUGUCAUCAGCUAAAGAGCAUCGGGAGCCAGAGGUUUGCCUUACUGUGAAUGAACAGGAUCUUAGUAGCUCCCCUAGGCCAGGAGAGACCACAACCUAUAGCCCAGCACAUCUUCUGCCUGCUCCACUGCCUGAUGAGGAUAUGCCUGAUGUUCCAGAAGAUAGCAUUGUAGUCUCACCUCCUACAGCAAGUGUACUAUCUUUCCUUGAGCAAGAUCAGCCAUCAGCUUCUCUUUGGGGUUCAGAGGAAACACAUACACUCCAGGAGUGCCACCUGGCUCCCACAACCAGAAGCACCUCCUUCAUCUCUGGAGAAGACAGUGAAGACUUGCUAUAUAGACCUCAGUCUUCUCCUGAAACAGUCAUCAGAGAAGAGCAUUCUCUGUGCUCAGAAAAUGAAAGUCCUACUGUGGAUUUUGAUCCUCCCCUAGGUCUAAAACUGUCUGAGCACGACCAAAGCAUCAGUACCGAGGCUGAAACUGAAGACAUCUCUGGGGAGACACUGUUGCUAGAAGCCGCCAUGCCCCUCCUGGAAGGCAACAUUGUCAGUGAUGAGAACCCAUGUGAGCCUGAGGGAGGUGAGGCGGCAAGAGGAGCAGGGCAGCUGGAGAUGCCUGACAGUGAUGUAAGAUGCUCAUCAGAAAAUGAUCCAAGUCAGGCAAAUGUUGACUCACCUGAGAAUGUGGACAAGAAGAAAAAGGGUAAAAAGCUCCCUGAGGCCUCUGAUAGGUGCCUAAGAAGUCAGCUUGUAGAGUCGUCCUCUGCUGACAGGUGCCCAGGAAGCCAGGGUUUGGAUUCAUCCACUGCUUGCCCUGAAAUCAAGGUUUCUAAAAAUCCUACUGUAAAGCGUUCUAAAAGAGAAGGGCACUCUGGUGGGGCAACACCUGAGGGCUCAGUGAUUGACAGCAUCCAUAGAGAAGAUCUGGAGGACACUGAAAACCCCAGUGUCAGUGAAUGUUCCUCGGAUGAAGAUAUCAAGCAGGAGGGUGAAGGAGUGGGAGUCAUCACAAGGCAGACUCUUAAAAGCCUGCUAGCAAAGGAAGUCAAAAGGGAAGAAGGGGAGACUUCCCCAAGCAGUGACCCCACCACAGCCAGCCAGCCACUGCCUGGGGAGAAUCUGGAAAUCAGUCUCUGGCCCAAACUAGAUGAGAGAGGUGCACGUGUGCCCUCAGAAAGCAUUCCUUGUAAGAGGGACCCAGAGCAGGGAAAAGAGAAGCCGGGACACAUUGCCACACAGGAUGUGGAAGCCGCUGUGAGUGUGGUAGAUGCUGAGGACACCCGCUCUAAAGAUGACGCUGGCCUUGCUACAUCUAACUUAGCUGGGAUAUCAGCCAGUCAGAAUGGUGAUUCUGCUGGGCUAUCAAAAUUGGUAACACGGCCUAAGAGAUUGCCUUCUUCAACCUACAACCUGAGACACGCUCAUUGUGUGGAUGCCUUCGACACUACAAAAGUGACUUCUGAGAAGAAAGUCACACAAGUCAACCCAGCACCAAAGGAAAAUGAAGCUUCCAAGAGUGUGGAGUCCUUAGAUGAGGAUGAUGCAGACACGGUGGUGGAGGAGCAGCCCAAGUUCAUGGGAUGGUGUGCAGAGGAAGAGAACCAGGAGCUGAUCGCCAACUUCAACGCCCAGUACCUGAAAGUUCAGAAGGGCUGGAUUCAGUUGGAGAAAGAAGCGCAGCCAACAGCAAGAGCAAGGAGCAAGUCCGACAAGCUGAAGGAGAUUUGGAAGAGCAAGAAGAGGUCACGGAAGUGUAGGGGUUCAUUGGAGGUGCAGAAGUUCUCUCCUGUUCAGAUGCUGUUUAUGACGAACUUUAAACUGUCUAAUAUCUGUAAGUGGUUCUUAGAGACAACAGAAACUCGGUCUCUGGUGAUUGUGAAGAAAUUAAAUACUCGUCUUCCCGGAGAUGUACCCCUUGUUAAAAACCCUCUUCAGAAGUACCCUCCUUCCACCCUGUACCCUAGUUCACUACAGGCAGAACGCUUGAAAAAACACUUAAAGAAAUUUCCUGGAGCCAUUCCUGCUAGGAAUAAUUGGAAAACACAAAAGCUAUGGGCUAAACUACGAGAGAAUUCUGGCCGGGUAGAACCAGAGGCUGGCAGUGACAUCAGCCUCGGCCCUAACAGUGAAGACAGUGCGGAGGAAGUCAGGGAAGGUAGAAAUAGCCAUCCUCCCACCAACUUGCCUACUCCAGCCAGCACCCGGAUCCUUAGAAAGUAUUCCAAUAUUCGAGGAAAGCUCAGAGCCCAGCGCCUGGAUAGCUCACUGGGUGGGGCUUCCGAAAUUAAGCAGGGCCGAAAGAGUGUGUGCAUCAACCCGCUGAUGUCCCCCAAGCUGGCCCUCCAGGUGGGUGCAGAUGGCUUUCCUGUCAACCCCAAGAGGGCUGAAGGAAGCAAGGGGAGAAGAGGGAAGCAGAUGCCUGAAACCUUGAUUAAAGUGGAAGGUCAGAACAAGCGCAAAAGAGCAGACAGCUAUGGCACUCGGGAUGAUAAGGACAAGGGGCCAGCAACAAAAGCCAGCAGAGCUCUUUCUGCCAGGAAGCUAGCUGCAAAGGACAGAGUCGGCCAACUGUCCAGGAAGAUGACCUUGAAAGAGAAUAAAGUGAGGAUCUGUAAAAAGGCUCCCGGGAAGAGCUGCCCACCUUCCAGGAAAGAGAGAGAGGAUGCAAACAAAAGGUCUAGCCAUCCUGCUGCAGCCUCUGACGCGCUGACAAAGCCUACAAAACAAAGGGGGACGGGAGAAGCCUCUUCAAAGCCCCCAAAGGCCGGAAGGAGGAGCAGGAAGCUGAGCAGUGGUAGGGGCCGAACCAGACCCUUGACAAAAAGCCCAGAGAACCGGGCUGCCCAGAGAAAGAGAAAGCUCAAGGCCAAACUGGACUCUUCCCAGGGCAAACGGAGGCGCUUAGAUGCCAAGUGAUAGCUGGAUGGCCGCUGAGAGAGGAACUGACCUAUAGAAGGAGCCUUUUAUUUUGCAUUAACAAAAUCUGCUUUUAUAAGCUUAUCAAGCCUUUCAUGUUACAGAGAACACCAGUUUGAGAUGGCAGAAAAUGCAUCUCAGUUGGAGAAGGGAACUUCUCCAUGGCUAAGGGAAGUUAUACAUUCUAUUCUGGUUGUUCCUUGGGUUUUAAACUUGGAACCAAGCAGUUUUUUUUUUUAAGAAGUACAGUGCCUUAUUUAUCCUUUUUGUUUAAAAUUUGACAAAAGCUAAGAAGCUGAUGUAUGUGACUAAAGGCUUGUAUUUUAUACUUGACGCACAAGCACUUGCUCUGUCACUGAGGAGGCCACCGCCGCACAUGCGUGAGCGAGCGAGCGAGCGAGUGAGGAGCCGGCAGCAGCUGCCUGUGCACCCCUGGACAGGUGCACCUUGCAGACCGCAGCACAACUCCCCUCUCUGUCUUGUUUGGGUUUUAUUUGAGUGAUAUUUGAAAGCUGAACCAAAUCAUUUCUAUGGUAUAUGGAGAAUGCAGGGGAUUUAUAAUUAUUAUAAAAGAUUAAUAUUUGUUUCCUUCUAAAAACUCAUAUUAUUACCCCUUCAUCCUUUUUUUUAAUCAUUUCAGAUCAUGUUCUCUAAUUUGUGUGCCCAUGGGACAAAAGCUGUGCUAGAAACGCCCCCUCCCAAACUGUGUUCCUCCUAACUGUGUCACCCUCCAGUUUGGGGCCGUGCAAGGAUGGUAGUACUACUUACUCUAUGAGGUUUGCGGUCCAUUUUUUUUGUUCAAGUUUUUUGUGUAUAUUUUUAUCUUGUAGCUGUCAUUUGACCGUUAGAAUGAGUUAUUCUUUGUCUCAUUUCUUACACAGAGUACUUCCCUAUGCAGUGAAAGUCAAAAUGUUCUUUUCAGCAAUAGGAAAGCUUAGCCUUGUGCAUGUGCAUCUGGGUGCAUCUGCAGGUAGUUGCUGGCACGAGUGUCUUCUGGUACCAGUUUCACAAUAAACUUCCCUCUUCCCCACGCAGUGUAUCUGUGAGCGGAGUCCAUAUACAGCCCUGAUACUGCUUUCACAGCAGACUUGGAGUGCAGUAGGGUACCAGGCAGCUGAGAGAAGCUGCCCAGAAUCUCAGUGGGGCCACACCCCCAUCCACAGCUGAGUGACGUUCAGCUGGGACCCCCUGAUGUGAAUGAAUAGCCUUGCCUGGAGUAGGUGUCUAUUCUGAUUGAUAGUUCCAUCCUCCCCAUAGCGUGUCACUCUGUCCCAUGGCUCAGAAAUGAGAACUGCAAUAACUGAAAGUGAUGAUGUUUGCCUUUCCUGGGUGGAGCCAAACCAGCCCCAUUGGCUUUACUCAGGGCCUCUGACGUUGCUCCAUCAUAAUAGUGUGUACUUGACUUUUCCAUCAGGCCAGUCAGCAAACCACCUGGUUGCUAAAGCCUCAGUCGGCUUUGACAUGUUCUGUCAUCACAGGCUUGCAUGGACAGCUGCUGCCCUGUUCUUACUAAAAGUUCCUACUUAGGUUCUUUCAGAUCUUUUUAGAUCAACCCAGAUGGACUUCUCAUAUAUGCAAAUCAUGAUAAAAAAAAAAAAAACAGACCUUCUACCUAUUUUGCUAUUGUUAAAGGUUUGCUGCAGAUAAUGGAAACUUCUGAUAAUUGGGUAGGACUGGAGCUUUGAUUCUUGAGAAAUUGAGAAUUAUGUUGAAUUUUACAGAUAAUGAAAGUUGUGCUUUCAUUUUUUUAACAUGUCACCUCUGCCCCAUGAACGUUCGUGGACUUCCUCCCUCACUGCCUCCCUCACUCCCCUUACCUUCCCCACCCCCAUUAUUCUUUUUAUUAUUAUCUUUGACCUUGACCGUUCACAAGCUACCUAUCAUGAGACUGCUGAGUGCGUGCUCGAAACUCUUUCUCAGCAUUAAGUUGCACAGAAGCAUUAAUAUGUUUUGAGUAGGUUCAUUUAAUAUUUUAAAAAUGGUUUUAAGGCUUAAAAGAGCUUUUUCUAUAGUUGUCACUGGAUAUUGUUGCUGUAGUGACUUAAACAGCCAGGCUUACUAAUGUGAGGUGUGUCGAUGCCACACAUAUGGCACCCUGGCCACGCCCUUGUAAGGCUUGGGUCAAGUUAGACGGAUGAGUGAGGAAUAAGUCAGUGGGACACUUCCAGUUUCAAGUUUAUAAUUCAUUCCAUUACUUUCCCAGUGUGUUUUCAUUUUUAAAAGCUCACUUCAAGAUAGUAGGCUGCAUUUGCGGGAGCCGUGUGAAAGCGUCUGUUACGUACCCACAUAACAGUGCAGUAGGCAUCUUUAAAAUCGGCUUACACUUAACAGUAGUGACUGCAUUUAUGUAGAUGCACACUUCACAAAAUUAGGACAUUUAAGGGUUUUUAAUUCUUUCACGUUUAUUGAACUCAUUUUUGCUGAUCUGGUUGAUUUGUUAAUAAAAGAAGAAAAAAAUCAAAACUUGAUGGUAGCUCUAAACCUUUCUACACCCAUAGCUGAGAAAUUGUCCCUUCAGCAUCUCUGGGCUUGGCUCUGACUCUUUGUUCUCCUUUCUUCCUGUAGCCAUUUUCAAAUAUGACUUCCCACCAUAUGUGAUGCACUCUUGCACAGUUUGGAUCCUAAGUCUGAAAGAUGCUCUGCUUCUGGCCCUACGCUCUGUAAAGUGGCUAAGGCUUGAGCUGAAGUUGAUGCCAGAGGACUAGUGUUCCCUCUGUUGAGGAUCUGGAAGAUGUCCACGAAGCUAGCUGAGAAGCUCUGUGUGGCUUCCCUAAAGUGCAGCCUACUUUGGUGACCCAUUUUCUGUCCUGUUAGGCUCCUAGGACGGGCCUGCUGUCUCGCUGGGGUUCAGAAUCUUGCCCAGGCGCUUUCUAUGUUCUAGUAGCUUCCAGCAUAGGAAUGUUACCUGAGUCUAUUGACCCACAGUUGCUAGAUCCUGGGAUUCCCUGGGUUUGGCUGUUUUUAUUUUGUUGUUGUUUGGUGGGGUUCUUUACUGAAGACUUUAUCCUGUCCUAUCUAAACCACAGUCAAGCUGUGGGGUUUGUGCCUCAUUGUUCUGUAGUGGCUUAGAGAAAAGAGCCAUCCAUUUCCCCCAUGGACCCUCUACAUCCCCUGUGCACACAAGUCAUCAGCAAGGAUCACCUUAAGACGGGCGCUGUAAGUCAGGAUUUGGCCUGUCUCCAGCCUUGUGAUGGCUGCUGUACUGAGAGCACAGCUGUCACUCGUUUAUGAGCAGCGUUUCUAUUGGUUAGCAGACCUAAGAGUCCCACAGGAAAUGACGCCAUGCUCUGUGAUGCAAACUGGAGAUGCUGUGGUGUUGUCAUCAGCAAGUCUGUGCGUGUCAUAAUACUAGAAACAGACUGAGUUACCCAGAAGUUUGGGUAACAUCCCUUUGGUCUCAGGUCAGCCAGUGCAGGCCUCCUCUUACCUUACCCUUGAGCUGUCAUAGACAUGCAAAAUGUGGGCCGGCUACUCAUAUGUAUAAAUAAAGUUUUAUUAACUUAGAACCAUGUCCAUUUGCUUAUUGGUUGUCCAUGGUGCAGAUUAAACAUUUGGAGAAGUGGUCAGGAAGCCCACAAAACCUAGAAUAGUUACUGUUUCUAUCUUUGAAAAAGCCUGCUGACCCCUGCUUAAGAAAAUAAUCCCUUUGGGGAAUUAAUCUUCCCCCAUUCCUCUUCUGCCUCACACCCUCUGUCUCCCACAUCCCCCAUCUCAGUUGUCUUGAGCACGUUUCUGUAUGUUCCUGCUGUAGAGAUACAUGUCACUGAGACAGUUUCAGAGUAACUCAACUCUGAACAAGCUGUGUGUCUACCUUUAAGUCCCUCCCUCCAUCCCCACAAUGAAGCCACCACAGUCUAUAGACCAGAACCCCUGAACAAGUUGCCUCUGGAGUUCUUAAGUUGUAUGGACUAUCCCAUGUUACCUCCCAUAGUGUCUAAUCAUAGAGCUUCACUUGUUACUAAAAUACGCCAAGACUGUCCCUGAUGAGAUUAGCUGCUAACACUUCUGUUGGUCUUGAAUCUCAGUGCCACAGUUAGCUGUGGGAAAGGCUUCCAGCAUGGAAACAAAAGUCUGGUGACAGCCAGUAUAUUAAUUACCAUUGAUCUAUUUUCAGUCACACACUUUCAAAAUAAUUUUAUUAAAGGCAAGUGAACAAUAAAGUGGUAGUUUUUGAACUGCUAUAGAAAAAAGACAAAAAUUCAAGCCUGUUAACUUGAGUAUGACCAAGGAGUAUUAGGUUCUAUCUUUACAUCAAAUCCAGUCAGCUUCCAGAGUGUUAGUCCUCCCCUCCCCCAAAACUCAAAUAAAAGUUUAUAUUCUGCAUUCCAGAAUGAAGCUGAAUGUCGUGUCAAAAAUUUAAAAUAUGGGGACCUUGUCCCCUAAUUAGUGGACAGUGCUGAAGAUUGUACUCUGGCCCUGAUAGAAGCUAGGCAGACCUUCUACCACUGAGCUACGACCCUUGCCCAGUUAUUUUGAAAUCUUCCCUGUUGUUUUGUAUUUUAUUAUGACACUAUCCACUGAAAUGCUAGAAUUCUUGAAAUAUGAAGUCACAUCUUUGUAUGUAUUCCCAAAGUAGUCCUCAUAUCCAUGCAGCAGGUACUUUUUUCCCUAGGCUUGCUCCCAAAUCCUUUGCAAAGAAAGACUUUUAAAAACUUAAAGCCAGCAGAACUAGGAAACUAGUGUUUUGAGACAGCUUUCAAAAUGAUUCACCUAUAAGGGAUGGGUUGUAGGGCCAGCUUCUUGGCAGCAUUCCAUUCUUCUACACUCAAGAAUACCUGGUGAGCAGUAUGCAAAAGCUGUCUGUAAUCAUGCUUUUGUCUUUGGAGUUGAGACCAUUGCCUCCUUCAUGGAGUCGUCGUUUCCCAAGCUUUAGGAUGGUGUCUUUCAGUGCUCUGGGCCCAGCUCUUCCUCUAGCAGACAGGCAGCUGCACAGACUUUCGUGCCAAGGAAGGAGACCCUGAGCUUCCACACCCUGUGGGCCUGUCCUGUUUAACAGGCUGUGCAGUUUAUAAGCCCCUUGAAAGCAUAGACUGCCUGCUUGGAAGAGCAUCCAAGUGCCUGUGGUAUUAGAAUACCCCAGAGGUUGGGUGAAUGGGUUUACACUUUUUGAAUUGGACAAGCAGAGAUAAUAAAACAAACUAACAAACUGUAUGUGGUCUACACUACCUAGAAAACUUAUUCCUUGGCCUUUUAGGUCAGUGUACUGAUUUUUGCAAAAAGUCAUUAUCAAAUUGUGUGGGCAGUUAGGCACAUGUUUUCUUUGUGCAUAUAGGCCAGCAUUGCUGUAGUCCAUUGGGUAUCUUGCUUGUCUGUCUCAGCACACAGUUGGCUUUGUGCUGCAUCACUCCUCAUUGUGUUUGUAAGGAAGAAGGAAAGCAUCUCUGCUCAUUAGAUACUCGCUGAUGAGUUGCAGAAUCACCGUAUCUACUAGGGUCUAGUUUAAAGUACAGUCUUGUAAACCAUGCAGUCAUCUUUGUUAGGCAUCACAGUGAACUUGACUGAUGGAGACAUUCCACCAGCAGUGCUUGGCACAUGCUGAUUUCCAGUGUAGACUUAGAGCCUACAGUAGUGCCUCUCUGAAAAUAUAGGAACUGGUAGUUUCACACCUGUAGUCCUCAUUUGUCCUCUGUAUAUAGGAUAUGUGCAGGUUUACGUUCUCAAGUUUGGUUGAUAUCUGUGAAUACAAGUGGCUGAUCUUUGCGUGUUUGAAACCUGAGUCCAGGCCACACAUUUUUGACAUGGGCAGUGUGCCAACGGCACCUCGUCCAUGCACCAGCAGCUUUAGGCAAGACAAGUUCAGGGCCCUCUUGGUCAGGCCUGAAACUUGGUCAAGCCUGAAGCAGCUCCUCAUUUGGGGAGUCAUUCUUGGUACCUUGCCUUUCCUUUUCCCUCCUGCCUCUGGCCUCCUUCUGGGUGGCAUCUUCUCUGGGACAACCCCCGCAAGUGCUUCUCUGAAUGCAUACAUGCCACAUGAGAAGAAUUUCUCUCAUUGCUAGAUUCUCACAGUGUUUAGUGGGCUGUGUCUGAAUGCCCUUCAAUGAUCACCUUUUUCCCACUCCAGUUGGUACCAUGAUGUACAUCUUGUGUUGUGUUGUAGUUAGAGCUGUAUGUAGUGUUCGGAAGCAUUUAUGGUAAAGAUACUAUACAAAUAAGAUUGGCAUAAUUUUGUAUAUUUAUACCACAGGUAGGGAUUAUUGCUAGAGCCACUGUAUCUUAGGGUAAUUAAUUUCAUUAGUGGCUUCUGCAUUCUUAGUUGUUCUAGGAGACUGUAUUAGUGACUGAUUUCAAAUAGAGUACGUAUUUAUACACACCAUUGUGGAAUUUAUUUUACUGUGUAAAUAGUGAUAUUUUCCUGUUCAAAUGCUUCUAUACAAAGUAUUUAUUUUAACAAAAUUAGUUAGCUGUCAAAAGGGCUUUCCAAAAACUUCUUGCCGUCUGUUCUCCCAACUCUCAUGCUCAGCCAUCAACCCCUAAACAUCACAGUAAUGGCAGGAGGCUGUAACCUUGAACCCCUUCCUGUAUUUGGGUAGACACAACAUAUAUUGGGAACCUUAAUGCUUCUCCCACUGAUGCUCCAUUCCAGAUCAGAGUGGGACUCGAAGGACUGUAACUUUGCUCAGUCCAGCAUCGGGGCUUCCCCCAACAGCCCAACUCACACAUGCACCAUUAGUACGUUCAGCUGUUCACUUCCACGACCUGUGCAGGAAAUUGACCUUGGUUGUAGUCCCAUGGCAAGCAGCCUCAUGCCUAUGCAAUGAGAAGAAACAACUGUGGUUACCAGUAUGAGCUUCUAGUCUGACUGUCAGAAUUUGUGAGAGUCACCCUUUCAUACAUCCAUAAGAGACACACAUCACCUUCUGCAUAUUGACAACACUUGAGAACACCUUGGCUUUCCUCCUCACCCUUUCCCAUCAGGCAUCUGCAGAUGUGGCCCUGUCCCACUCAUCUGUAACCCAUGGUUCUAAAAUGUGUUCAGCUUUACUUCUCAGGACUCCUGGUCUGCCAUUCAAAGCACCCUAGACGUCAUGGAACCAAUGCUUCAUGGUUAUGCAUGGCCCUUUUCCCUGUGCCUCAUCCAUAGGCACCCUGUCUGUCACCAGGCCACCGUGCCGGGAUGGCUGAUUGACCUGCAGCUCUAGGGUGCUUGGAAACCAGGUAUGUAGGGAUUACUGUCAUCCAUUUGAACUGUAGUUUGCGUAUUUCCUGUAGCCUUCCUUUGUCUUUUCUAAACAAGGAAGGCCCUUGAACAGCAAUGCUGGAGAAUGUUUUUCUAAGAUGCUCUUUGUAAGCAAGUCUGAUUUUGAGAUGAAAUGUGAAUGGGUAGCUAGGUGCCAGGGAAUUUAGCACUGAACUAGACUGUCAAAACUUUUUUAACUUUUGCAGAAAGUAGAUUCUGUUCUCAUCUAAAUGUUCACAAGAUGUAAUGCUGUAAAUAGUUUUCUAAGAAUAUUUAUUACACGUGCUGUAUACAGACUCAUGUUCUGAGUGAUGUUGGUUUGCAUUGUAUUGUAGAAGAAUAUAUUUUGAGCAGUGAACUUCUUUCGUAACACAGUUCACUCACGGAGAAAGAAAUGAAACCAGCAGGUUGAGAGCUGUGUGGGGCAUUUCAUCUGUAAUGGACCAUCCAAUCCAAGCUUUAACUGCCCCUAUUCUCAUCUGGUUGUGUUAUAUAUUAUAUAUAGAUAUAUAUAUAGAUAUAUACAGAUGUACAGUAAAUUGGUCAGUACCUGGGUCUGCAGAGCAGAUUUCCAGGUAUUCUUUCUGAUGUGUUUCCAUAGCAAUAUGACCCCAGGUGCUGACCAGUUCUGUUGUCUCAGAGGAUCAGGUUGGGGGACAGCUCUUGCGAAGCCUCUUGCCUUUUCUAAGAGGCUGGUUUACUUGAAUUGUUGCUUCUGUUUCUUCUGCACGCUCCCAUGUCACAAAACUAUAGCAGUGUGUGGGAACUCUCCCAGACAAAACACAUCAAAAGUGGACACACCAAUCAAAAGGUUAGUGAUUUCCCAGGAACUUGUAGUUUGCAGAACAGAUGAGACAAAGCUUAUUUGGCCAUAAAAUAAAUGUAAGGAAUUUUUACCUGAGAAACAUAUGUGGCCUAUUAUAUUUCCCCCUGCUCUGACUUACCUUUAGAAACCAGCCUAUGUCCUGCCUUCUGCCUCUAUGCCUCAGCUCGAGAUGUCUGUGGUCCCUAGAGUCUAGUUAGGCUCUUAGUGUGUCCGACUCUGUUGAGCAGCCUUUCCUUGUGACCGUCCUAAACUUACUGAAACAGAUAUCCACACCCAGAUAACCACUGUUAAAAAUGAUGUAGCUUUUUAGGCUUUUGGAAUAUGUCUCUUUCUUUUUUAAUUUUUUUAUAUUUCUGAUGGUGUUUGGGAUUCGCUAGUGUUUUUUAAACUGAAGUGGGUGCAUUAAGGUAAACUUUCCACUGCUGUGCCCAAAAGCGUGCAGAGGAGAGAACUUGCCCUGCAUUGUGUUGUUGGGGA